AAAUAGGUACUUCGAAUUGAGGUAAAAACGUUUUGACCUAAUUUUGUGUAAGAAUGAUUGGGCUAGUGAUUUGCGUAAGAAUAAUUUGUCAUUUUUUUAUUGCUGAUAAUUUAAAUUAGCAUAGUUGUUAAAUUAACUGCCGGCCCAAAGAAACCUAACUAAUUUGGUAUUGUGUGCUUUUAAUCGUAAACCUUACUAAGAAAAUAAUUGAAACUGAAGAGACUGUAUUUAUUAAAGAUUUGGAUAGUGUUUUAUUAAUUUUUAGUGUUAUGAUUUAGUCUAAUCUGGAUUUUUUUUUAUUUCGUCAACUAUCACUGUGACGUCUAAAAGCAUCUCCAAUGUACACUUCUAUAAUUUCUUCUAAAAUAGAGAUCUCUAUUAUAAAGGUAAAAAUGCUCCAAUGUAUGUUUCUAUAAUAGAAUUUUUCUAGGAGAAAAUUACUUUUUGCCUUUAUAUUUAGAGGUGAAAAUAGCAUAUCUAUAUAUUUUCCUCUAUAAAUAGAGGAACUCUAUUAUAGAUGCAUACGUUGGAUCAUUUUCACCUCUAUAAUAAAGUUUCUCUAUUUUAGAGGAAAAUAUAAAGAUAGAAAUAGGGGUGGGUUGGAGAUGGUCUUAGACAAGCCAGAAAGCAUGAUUGAAAAAAGAAAUGGAAGUGUGAUUGGUUUAAUGGAGACGGUGAACGGAUCACACCAAUUCACGAUCAAAGGCUACUCUCUCGCCAAAGGCAUGAGCCCGGGGAGGUACAUACAGAGCGACGUCUUCUCAGUGAACGGAUACGACUGGGUGAUAUACUUCUACCCCGACGGGAAGAAUCCGGAGGAGAACUCCACGUACGUCUCUCUCUCUUCAUCGCCUUGGCGAGCGAUUCUAGCGACAUUAGGGCUUUGUUCGAGCUGACGCUGAUGGAUCAGAGCGGUAGAGGGAGGCAUAAGGUUCAUAGUCAUUUUGAUCGGGCGCUUGAAGGAGGUCCUUAUACGCUUAAGUAUAAAGGGAGCAUGUGGUAAUGGCAUCUUGAUUCUCUCCUUCCCUUACCUCUUGUUAUCUCAGUAGUGUAUUGGUCUGGAGAUUGGUUUGCACUGCCACCACUCGCUCAUCACAAAGUCGUGCCUUUCACCGGAGCAAUCGUUCACAGUUCACCGGAUCCAUCACCAUUCUUUAUCACGUGUUGUUAAUGUGGAGAAGAGACGAACAAAACGGAGCCACCGUCCACCAUGGAUCACCACCACGAGUCUUCCUCCACCAGAGAUGACACGUUGGGUAUGAAUGGUGACCAGGAAACGGCGAUAAAUAAUGCAUUCCCUAACGUUCCUAAAAAAAUUACCAUUCACAAAGAAUAAUAAUUCAUUCUUAUUCCCUUUCAUUCCCUUUUUUGUAGAGAAUUAAAAAACAAAAUUAUUUCUUGUUAAAUUUGAUAAAGAACAACCAUUCAUUUUCAUUCCUGCUAUUUUAUUCUCGUACAUUCUUUUUUUAUUCAUUCCUCUUAUUUUCUGGAUGGUCACCAGUCAGACUUGUGUUUCCAGAGGUCAACACCGCAAACCGUUGACGUUAUGUACCAAGUCCGAGAAGUGUAGAACGUGAGCAAAGCUGGACCACCGCGUCUCACCACCACCGGCUCCGAUCUAUACCGCGUUAGCCGUGAGCCAUUGGAGAAACAAGGCAUGUCAACCAACCACCAUCAUCAACCGUGAUCCAAGCCGUAUUAUCUAAGUGACUUCCUCCUUUGUUUCUUGUGAUACAAGAAACGUAUAUAGCACAACCAUAAACGUGUCCUUGCAUGUGUUUAUGUGUAGUGAAUCUUAUGCCAACCUGGAGUUACUUGCCCAUCAUUUUAAAAUAAGACGUACGAAGAUUUAUGGAACACGUUUCAUUCAACACCAUGAUUAGGAAGGAAUCUCUUAAAGUGAUGUUAGGCGAGAUCGUUCCCGAGCAUUUCAUGAGCUAUAUCCAAUAUUGGCUCAGGUGAGGGUCUACUUCCGAACUUCUCGUACACGGCAUAGGACCUCGAAUAAGUAUAAUUUAUUUUUAAUCUAUUCCGUCUGUGUAAAAUCGAGUCUGUCAUUAUUUGUUUAAUUUUUAGGUUCUUUGCUUAAACCGGAUAUAGGGGUCUAGAUGGUUCAACGUGAUUGUUUCAUUUUGAAUUGGUGAAUAAAAGUAAUUGUUUAUGAGGAGUCAUGAGAUUGUUAGCCGAAUAGAGAGAUGUACUUCUGUAGGUCGGGUGUUUGUGUUGAGGUUUGCUACGGUCAGCUUAGUCGACCUGUUGACCGUAGCCUAGAGGUCGAUAAGCGUCUUCGGGCGGUGUGUAUGGGCACUAGUCCUAUACAAGAAGCCUCUUAUAGGGGGAGACCUCUAUUUGGGGGUGUGCGGGCACUUACCCCAUAACUGGGGAUCUUGUUUGUUUCUUGGGUACUUUAGGUGCCAUGGUUGUCAUAUGUUAGGAUUAAAUUAUAUUUAUUCGGAGUGCUAUGUCCAAGUCCAUGGACUUUGGGUUUAGCAUCUCAUAUCUCACUGACUGAUUCCCCUGUUACUCACCUCUCUUUCUUCUCCAUUUCGGGUGAGACAGAUGAGUAUAUGAUAUUUGGACGGAUUAGUACUACUGGGUUUUUUAUUCGAUUUUUAUUUGGGCUUAGAGUGAGUGAAAGUUGUGUAUAUAGGCUAAUUUAUUAUGAGGUAUUGUUGGUGGCACACUGUUCUCCAGAUAGAAGGCGACGGGUGUCACGGUCUUAUCAUCAACUGUACCGUUGGCGUUGUUAGAGCUCGCCUUGAGGGUCCCAAACAGUUCGGCAUUGUGCCGCCACCGUCUAAUAUGGGCCAGGGACUGAAAGACUUGUUAGACUCCGAACUUGGCUGCGACAUUACUUUCCGAGUCGGAGACGAGACUUACAAAGCUCACAAACUCAUCCUCGCAGCACGCUCGCCGGUUUUUCGAGCUCAGUUCUAUGGACCGGUUGGGAAUAACAGUGUGGGUAGAGUGGUCAUAGAGGACAUGGAGCCUUCUAUCUUUCAGGCUAUGCUUAGCUUCAUCUACACGGAUGUACUUCCUGAUGUGCAUGAAAUUACAGGGUUAACUUCUACCGCUUCGUUCACAAACAUGAUACAGCAUCUAUUGGCAGCUGCUGAUCUUUAUGACUUCGGAAGGUUAAAUAUAUUAUGUGAAGCUUUUUUAUGUGAAGAGCUGAAUGUUGAUAAUGUGGCGACAACACUUGCCCUGGCUGACCAACACCAAUUCUUGCAGUUCAAAGAGUUCUGCUUAAAAUUUGUUGCUUCUCCAGCAAAUUUGCGAGGUAUUGUUUUUCAAAUGGUGGACUUUUGAUUAUGCGAUAUUACUUCAAAGAUAUUUAAAGUCGUAGUGAUGUGGUUUUGGUGUAGCCCUGAUGAAGUCCGAAGGGUUCAAGCACUUGAACCAGAGCUGUCCCUCUGUGUUGCCUGAGUUGCUGAACACGGUUGCAGCAGCGGAUAAGAGCUCGACGUCGAGUGGACAAUCAAGCAAGAGGAGAAGUGUGAGCAGUGUGUUGGGCUGUGAUACAAGCACUACAAAUGCGAGGAAAUUGAGGAGGACGUAGGUUCGAUUUAAGUGCUUGAACCCUUCUGACUUCAUCACGGCUGCACCAAACACACAUCACUACUUUGACUUUUUCUAAUUGUAAUGAAAAUAAUUGUUUGUAGUAUGUCUACAGUAGUGUAAAGCUUUUGGCGAAUGGAACAUCUAUUUGGCUUUGCGUGUUUGUAAAAGCUUUGGAUUAUUAAAAGCAAGCUUUGGAGUUAAUCUUCUUUUUGUUGCUAUCUCAUCGUUAAAGUCAACACUAUGUCUUUGUUUUGUCGGAAGAGCUGCCGUGAGAUGCAAGUUUUAGGGUUUUCUCUCUUGUGAAAGUGGUUAAUUAAAUCGUCUCUUUGAUAUACCUGUGUUUGAUUUGAGCGUAUGUCAGCCCAAUGGAAAUAAUGGUUUCAGGCCCAAAUUCAAUUUAUAUAGCCUAAACUCAUUUAUAACAUGAUACAGUCAUGUGAUAUCAGUUGAUAAAAUAAAAAAAGGUCAUGUAAAUUUAUUAAAUGAUUGAUCGAUGGGUAAAGUCUGUGGGUCAAAGCUGAAAUCAAGAGGCUGCCUAACUCUUCACUUCAUGAGGUUGCUUUAGUGUAUUUCCGUUACUUCUUUUGGCACUUUUCACAUUUUUAAUCAUUUGGCUUUUCUAUAACGUUGUUAAUUUAAAACCAAAAUUUUAUAAAUGGUCCUCCGGUCUUGUUAUUGUGUGUGCAUAUGGGCAUACCGCUGCGCUCUUCUUUAGUGGCGCGUUUGAUGGUGGCGUGUAUAUGUCAAAAUGGAAUAUGCUUUUUUUUUUCUUUUUCUUUUUGAUAAAAGAUUAAAUAUGCUUUUAACCUUGGAUCUAUUUGCCAAAAUAAUCUUAGUUUAUGCAUACAUAACAACUUAUAUAUGGUGCCGUAUUAUAAUAUUGUCAAAGCGUAAUCUGAUUUGAAUAUUUUGACAAAUAGAAGUUUUGACGAAGUGAAGAUAUAUAGUCUUGCAUCGUUGUGGUUAUUCGAUGUGUUUCUUUUUCCUUAAAACAUUUGAGCUGCUAAUAUUUAGUUCUUUUCAGUUCAGUCUACAAUGAGAUCACUUGAUUCCUUCUCGCUGUUUUGUGCAAAGUGUUUUUCUCUUUCAAUUUUUUUGGGCACAUAAGUGUUCUUAUAGAGGGUUUUAAAUUAGUUAGAAUCUAUAUGAAAUAGAUGAUAGAAACGUCUGAAGCUUUUGUUGAAACGCUGAGAACCAUGAGACUUAUAAACUUCUUUUUUUUUUGGUAAUCAAAGAGAUUUAUAAAUACACACGUUCAUACAUAGUAAACUUAAGUGAUGAAACAAGAUAUAUGAACGUAGAUACAUUCAUACACUGAUCUAAAACCACUCGAAAACCUACUAAUGAUUCAAAUAGACAAAUCAGUUUAUUUAAAUUCUUUAUAUACAAUAUUAUUAUCUUUAUCAAAUCAAAAGCAUUAACAACAAUAACAAAGGUAAUGUGUCGGUUGCACCACUAUAUUUAUAAAAUUUAAAGUAUUAAGGAAAAAAGCCAAAGGUAAACAUGUCAUAUCGCGUGGGGAAGAAGGUAAACUCAAAAAUAUUCGCAUCAACUGCAAAUUGUGAGGUAGAGACAAGCAAACAAUGAUUGGAAAUAGACAUUAGGGAAUGUGAUUCAUGUGAUAUAUAGAUCAAAUUGAAUAGUACUUAUUCUUUCUAUCUCUUUAGUGUUCACAGCCUUAGCCAUGCAGCUUCGCUCUUAUCCAAAAGAUUGGCCCGCACUACAGAGACAUUACACAAUAUGAAUUGUUUUAGUAUUCUUGCUAGUGCAUGCUGCAUAUAUAUCACAAUAGAAUCUGCAUAUUCUUAAUCUAGUAUACCAAACCUAUUCGGUUUUUAACAUUUUACAUUUAGUCCACUCAUCUUAGUUUAUAAGGGUUUCCUAUCUAUGUUUUCUCGAUUUAUCUGGAAUUAUUAUUAUUAUUUUUCGGGAAAAGAGUAGAAAAGCUAUUUUUUUGGUUCCAUGGCUUAUUUUAUGCCAUGUUCGAUCGGUUCUUCAUUAUAUGAAAUAUCAGAUUAAGUAGUCCCGUAUUCACUUACGUAAGUACUAAAUUUUAUUAGAAUGUAUGUUGUGAUACUGUCAUGAUGAAUGCAUGCCUCUCCGGUGUUAAAACGUUGUUUUGAUUAUAAUAUGACGACAAGUAUACAUCUUGAUUGAUAAAUAAAUGUUUUACACCACAGACAUACACAUCUAUACUGAAAAGUUAGUGUGUGGACUAACUACCAAAACAAAAUCUUCCUUACCACAAAACAGGAAUUUCAAUAAAUAUCUACAAAGAACAUUCGUGAUGAUAUAACAAUGAGCAUAUUUCCGGCUAUCUCUUACCACACUUUAUAAGAUAUAAUAUGUUACUAAAGUUCAGUAAAAAAAAAGAAGAUACUAUAUAAUAUGUUACUUUACUAUAUUUUGCACUGAAUCCGAUGAAAUAAAACUAGUACUACUACCGCUUUCAAAAAGGGUCGAGCCACUAUGAAAUUCAGUGAUAUUACUACCGCUUUCAUAAACU